AGCGUCCCCAUCGCGUCCCACGGCCGCUGAACGCCACCAAUAAGCUCUCUCUCCCUCCUCCAGUCCGACAGUGACAGCAGCCGAUUCCCCCUCAACUCUCCACACACUUGCUAUUUUUCCCUGCUGUCAGCACCUUCCUUUACCCUUGUGUUAUCCCGGCGGCGGAGUCAGCAUGAUGUCAUGGGAUGGGAUGCGUUAUCCCUGGCACGGGUGAAACCGGGUUUUUCGGUGAGUGGUGACGGAUUUAUUCUCAACUCUUGCCGGGAGAGGGGGAAGAAGCAGAAGAGAGAGAGAAGGAGAGUGUGUGUGUGAGGAGAGAGAGGCGCGGAGGAGCUGCGAAACAUGGUAAUCACCGACAUCACCAUCACCUCCAGCUCUGCCGCGCACUCUCCCGUCUCCUCUCCUCCUCCGUACCGGGGCUCGCGUCUCAUGCCCGCAGCCCCGCUCCGCGCUCCCAAAAUAACCCGCCAGCAUGCCGAAGGAAGCAAAACAAGAGGAGCGGUAUUUUUAGGGUCAUUAAUUUCCACCACGUGGUCCGGAGGUAAACCGGAUGGCCGUUGCGCAAAGGUUCCGCGUCAGUAUGUCCUGCGAGGCCGGCACGCCGCACCGGACGCUGACCGCGGCGCUUCUCCUGGGCUUUCUGCUGGGGGUCGCGUCGGCGUACCCGCUACCAGGCAGGAGGAAUGCAACUUUGGUGGAGACGCGCUGGGAGACCCUGUUCUCCCGCUCGGUGCUGGGGAUCUCCGGGGAGAAACCGGAGCUGAACUGGGAGAGUGACUAUCUGCUGGGCAUCAAGAGAGUGCGGAGGCUCUACUGCAACGUGGGCAUCGGGUUUCACCUCCAGGUCCUCCCCGACGGCAGGAUAAACGGUGCACAUAAUGAAAACCAGUACACUCUGAUAGAGAUCUCCACGGUGGAGCGAGGGGUGGUGAGCCUGUAUGGGGUGAGGAGUGAGCUGUUUGUCGCAAUGAACAGCCGUGGGAGGUUAUACGGAACGACAGUCUUCCAUGACGAGUGCAAGUUUAAGGAGAGCUUGCUCCCGAACAACUACAACGCCUACGAGUCUCUGGUCUACAGAGGCUCCUACAUAGCACUCAGCAAGCACGGCCGCGUGAAGAGGGGCAACAAGGCCACCACUGCCAUGACUGUGACGCACUUCCUACCGCGAAUAUGACGAGCAAAAACUGGCAAUAACAAACUUAUUUGCACAUGUGGAUUAUUUCCCAGGUAACACGAACACCGUAUACGUACAAACACGAGACAAAGCGGACUGAACAAGAAAGAAAUACAGUUAUAUCUGAUAGUAUUUAUUCAAACUUUAUAUGUAUAUUUGGGUAGCUUACUUUGUAUUAGGAAAUUAUGGAAAUGCCAUUCUUUGCUGCUUUUAUGAUUUUAAUCAUUUUGUGAUGUGAAGGAGACGGAGAGGCGUCAAUUGUCCCCUCGGUUUUUUAUGGGUGCUGCAAUGCUGAGUGCUUGCCCUGUCAGUGGAUGACAGUUCCUCCUUUUUGGAAAUGAAACGGAUACGUUAUUACCUCAAAGUACCAUAUCCUGAGAGCAAGAGGAAGAAGAAGAGGAAAGAUGUGUGCAUGAACUUUCUACAGAUUUUUGUGCUUUCGAUAAAGAAAUAUUUUAGUUGUCAUCUGUCAAGAACUUGGGACAUUUCCCUGUAGGCUAUGUUGGAUUGUGUCCGUCACUGUCAGGGCAACUCGUGCACUUGCAAAGUAUGGCGGUUGUUUUUCUUGCUUUGUCAUGAGGUGGUGGUGCCUUGAAUUCCUACUUGCAGCCCCCUAACCCCUUGCAUGCGAGAAACGUGGUGCUCGAGUCAGAAAUAGGAGUGAAACGCAAUUCAUCGCUCUCACAGGCACCACUGGCCCAAUUCCUAGAGGGCCGGAGGUUUCUCCGCUUUAUUUUCUUUCCAUAAUUAGAUCAAUUAAGUAAUGGAGACUCUAUGCAGCACAGGACCCAGUGGAGCCUCUUGUGGCUGCAUUGAGAGUCAGCACCCCCCAACAUCAUGUCCAAGGGAGCUUCGACAAUCCCAGGUUUUACUUUCACACGUGUGUGUGUGUGUGUACUGUAUAUGUGAGCUUGCAUUUAUUUUGAGUAUGUAUGUGGAUUUGCUCAAUUAGAGAGCUGUUUAGUUGGGGGGGGGGGGUCUUUAAUCGGGGGCGUCUGUGUAGCACAAUAUCAGAGACCAGACACUAUGAAGCGACGUGUCCUCCAUGUGUGUCCGCCUCGUGUUGUGUUGUCCUCCCUCAGUUCAAACUGAGCUGGUGAGUCUGAUCUGUUUUUGAAAAGGUUGACUUGAUAGAAUAAGGGCCUGGUCACACGUACCCAAAUGUUUCAGUGGCGAACCUUCGCCUCCCGGGGGCGAAUAGAACAUGUGCUUCCUGUGGCUCCGCGUGGAGAACAACCUUGGUGAACUUUGACCUGCGACCUCAGUGAUGACCCUUCACAGUGGCUUGAUGAUAUUUGGCACUUACAAUGAUGUGCUCAUGCAGAACUUAGUGGACGUCAUUGAUUAGUCAAUUCACUGUAAAUACAAUGGUCUGCUGCAUUAAUUUAAAAACAAUGUUAAUACUCCGGUUUGUUUUUUGAGAGUUCCUGAUCCUAGGAUUUUUCAACAAUGCUUCAGGUAACUGUCGGAUGAUUUGAGAUGAUUAUUAAAUCCCAGACUUUUAAGCUAUUUAUUCUUCAUUCAGUUUAGUCACGAGGCUUCUGGUGAAAGAAUAUGAGCAAUGUUGCUUGAACCAAGGGGUCAUAUGAAGAUGUUCCUUCAGGAUUUAUGUAUGCAGCAAACCAUACUUGAAUUCAACCCCCUGCCUGUG